GACUACUUCACCUGGCAUAGGACAUGCAGAUUUUCUUUUAUCUGUAUCUAGACUGCCAAACACCGCGACUCGACCAUCAUCGGCGUUCUUAAAUAGCAGAUAAAGGGUGAACCGGAGAAGGACAUUGUUAUGCUUAACCUUUAGGAAUGCAAUUUGCUAUGAGGCACGGUAGGGUUGAAGCACUGAUAUGUUUGUAUAAUUUAUUUAUUGUUAAAUGCUCUAGUUGUGGUGCUUACUAAAGGUACAUUUGUGUGCAUAAAAGGGGAGAGGGCUCCCCCAAAUACUGGAAAAUACCAACUGCAUUUAAACAAACAGUGAAAUCCACAGGCGACAUAUCGCAUUCUUCAAUGUUCUUUUGUCAUCGCCAGUCAUUUCCACGUAGCGCUUGCAAAGCAGCGACUGGCAGGCUCGGCGAGAAGAACCAAACGUCCCCGUUGUGAGAAACGUAUACAAAUGCUCUCAGUCCAGCCAGACACCAAGCCGAAAGGUUGUGCUGGCUGCAACCGAAAAAUCAAAGACCGCUACCUCCUAAAGGCCCUGGACAAGUACUGGCAUGAGGACUGCCUGAAGUGUGCCUGCUGUGACUGCCGGCUGGGCGAGGUGGGCUCCACGCUCUACACCAAAGCCAACCUCAUCCUCUGCCGUCGGGACUACCUGCGGUUAUUCGGUGUCACUGGGAACUGUGCUGCUUGCAGUAAACUCAUCCCUGCCUUCGAGAUGGUGAUGCGAGCCAAGGACAACGUAUACCACCUGGACUGCUUCGCGUGCCAGCUCUGCAACCAGAGGUUUUGUGUUGGAGAUAAGUUCUUCCUAAAGAACAACAUGAUCCUGUGCCAGACGGACUACGAGGAAGGUGUCAUGAAAGACGGCUUCACGCCGCAAGUCCGCUGAGAGAGAGACAGAACACACACACACACACACACGAAGAACUAAUUCCACAAACUUUUAGCGUUUGCCCCACAUGUACAUAAGAAAUGAGGCUGGAUCCGCUGUGUAGGGGGACUGGGAUGGAUCCAGGGAUUCAUCACCCCCUUCCCAAACAAAAGGCAGUGGUGUGAGUGACAAACAGCAGUUGUUAAUUCAUUCCUCCAUCCAGGGCAGAGGAAGGGAGAGAGGCAGCCUGUCUGCUUUACUCUCGGGUCCAGUGGGGUUUUAAAGAGUGGUCUAUUCAUCCCUGGUCCAUACUCCUUAUGCCAUCCGCUGUGCUCAUUCACAGAAGAACAAUCUGGAACUCAUUUCAGCCUGAAUCUGACCCUACCCUGGCUCUCCUGUGCUGACAGAUUAAUUUGAGACACUGCUGAAGGGGCGCUGGCGAAGGCUUUACAAUUCUUAACUCAUUUCAGCAAUGCUCAACCUUCCUUUUCCUGUUCUCAAGCUUGAAUUCGGGAUACACAGGUAUUUCAAAUAUAGUACGAUUAAACAUUGCUGCUGCUGCUGGCAGGGCAUUUCCUGGGAUGUAGGUCAGUUUUACUCCAAUAGUUCAGUUAAAAAAAAAAAAAACAGACCAUGUGACCUACAGCACAGGAGGUGGCAGACAUUUAUCUGUAGUUGUAGCCCCUGUUAAUGUGUGUAUCCCAAAUUAUACAAAGAAUCCAUUACUCACUCCAAGAAAGAUUCUGAAUCCAUUACUCACUCCAAGAAGGAUUCUGAGUGGGAUUUUAAAGCCUUGGAUAGCGCUCCCUUAGAGUAUUGUAAAUAUAUUUGACACAGUUGUUGUUUUUGUUUGUUUUUUGCUUGUUAUUGAAUAUGAUUGUUUUUUAUGUAUCACCUGGCAUGAGAUGUUUAUUUUCAGACGACUCUUGUAUAUACUGUAUUGUAAUAUUUCAAGCACAAAUGUAAUACAGUUUUAUUGUGUUUC